AAACAGAUUGAGCCCCCACUCCUACCACAUAAUAUUUAUCAGACAAUCGAAAAACAAAUAAAUGUAAUUAAGAUAAAUCAGUUUCUUGAUGCUCAAUUAUUUCUAAAACAGCAAACGUGACAAUCCGCGGCAUGAAGGCGGUUUAGUAAAUUACAACAAUGGGUUCUACAAAGGAAAAUAAGCUUCAGUCUGUGCAAGAAGAAAAAGAUGCUGAAAAUGGUCACAAAGAUGAAGCCGACGAACAUUCUCCUUUAAAACCCAGUGACACAACAAAAGAUAAACCAAAAGAUGAAACUGAAAAGAAAAUAUCAUGGAUCGAACGGUUAAAAAUCAUAAAAAAGAAUACCACAGUGGAGCCAAUAAUGGCGUGCUAUGUAAUGCCUAGUGUUCUAGCGUCACUAGCUGUGCAAAAUUUGAAUCUAGAAAAAGCUUGUUUGGUGAACCUUAAUUUUAGUGCAGAAAUAUGCGAAGCAUUAAAACAAAGAGAGACGGAGAACUAUACCUAUUACGAGAAAGAAGUUCAGACACUCACUGCUACUAUUCAAGCGUGGAAGAAUGUGGUGCAGACUGCUGUUCCUGUUCUUCUGAUACUGUUCGUUGGUGCGUGGAGUGAUAGGACUGGUUGCCGGAAAGCUUGUAUUUUAAUACCGAUAGUCGGGGAGCUAUUGUCAUGCAUAGGUCUCAUGAUCAACACCUAUUUCUUCCGUGAACUGCCCGCGGAGUUUGCUGCUCUAACGGAGUCCAUUUUUCCGGCGAUCACAGGGGGAUGGUUUACGAAUUUUAUCGGUGUAUUCAGUUAUAUUGGUGAUAUAACGACUGUCGAGGAGCGAACAUACAGGGUGGGGAUGGUGAAUUUGUGGAUGUCCUUGGGAUAUCCAAUCGGGAGUGCCUUGAGUGGGGUCUUGUUGAGGUGGAUUGGAUACUAUGGAGUAUUCACUAUGUCAAGCGUCAUGUACAUUGGUAGCUUGUGGUAUGGAUACAUUUACUUGGAGGAUCCGAAGCGGAAACUAAGGGAGAAAAGUAAAGGCAACGGAUUCGUGAACUUUUUCCGAGAGUUCUUUGACGUGGGCCUGGUGCUGGACACCUUCAAGGUGGCUUUCAAGAAAGGCGCCGGCAACCGACGGCUCAGGGUGUCGCUGCUUCUCAUCGUGGUCUGUGUGGUCUUUGGACCUAUGCACGGGGAGUUCAUGAUAAUGUACCUGUUCACAAGAAUGCGCUUCAACUGGGACGAAGUGCAGUACAGCAUGUGGUCUACGUACAGCAUCGUCACCAACUUAGUAGGUACUGCAUUUUCGAUGAGCUUAUUCAGCAAGUACAUGAAGCUGGAUGACACGUUGCUGGGCAUCAUAUCGUGCACCAGCAAAGUGGUCGCAGCCUUCGCAUAUGCUUUUGCGAGGAACGACCUCGAGAUUUACUUGGCUCCGCUACUUGAGAUCCUGAACGGGACGUCGUUUAUCGCAAUGCGCUCGAUUGCGACCAAACUGGUGAGCGGCGAAGAAUUCGGCAAGGUAAACUCUCUGUUCGGGCUGGCUGAAGCGAUGAUGCCGCUGGUUUACGGGCCUCUAUACUCCAAGGUGUACAGGUGUACCCUGGACAUCCUGCCUGGAGCUGUCUUCUUGCUUGGAGCUCUCCUGACAUUGCCAGCUAUUAUGAUUUUUGGAUGGAUGUACUUCGAAAACAAAAAGGAUAUCAGGCGAAACGAGUCUGAGAAGCCUACAGAUAUUGUGAAAGAGUGAGAUUUCAAAGAGAUUAUUAUGUUAAGACUUGUUUUUUGUACCUGUAAGCGGUGGUUUGUAUUACAAGUUGAUAUUUUUUUAUUUACUAAAAGUACUAUUUUGCACUCAAAUAAAAAUUGGCAAAAUG